UGUGUGUGUUGGAGGCUGGGGCGCAGCAGCUGAGCUCCUCCUCCGCCGCCUCUCCUCUCUCUGGACAGAGCCACAAAUUAACUCAACUUGGUAUCGUUUCGGUUGAAGCUUGAUUCGAAGGGCAGCGACCGGACGUUUGCAGUAACAUGUCAGCCGUAGCAGCCACCGGCGCCAGGCUGCAGCGCCUCUCUGCAUGGUUUGACCCUGAAUCUGCUGCGGUGGUGACCAUCCUACUGGGGCUCUUCCAGGUCAUGCUGUGUGUCCCUCUCCUGCACAUAGACCAAAGUCUCCCUAAGCUCUAUGUUCUGCCGCUGGUGUUGGGAAUCGUGAUUGUGGCCGGAGGCUCGCUCACCAUGGCCAAUGAGAGGAAUCCCCACAGGCAGCUGCUCCAAGGCUGCGCCUACGGCAACGUGGGCGGGCUGCUGCUGGCGCUGCUCGCCUUCUGCCUGUACUGCUACAACCUCAGCACCAUCCAGACUAAAAGACUGUGUUCAGGCGACGAACACGGUUUCUACAAUUCCCACUUUAAUUGUCCGUCCGAAAUCCUGGCGGCCUAUCACUGGAGCCUCACCCUGCUUCUGCUGCUCUACGAUGUGGCUGCCAUGGUCCUUCACGGCCUCCUGUCACUCUCAGCCCUCAAAGCACUGAAAACGAACUGAUGCCCAGAGCAGACACACGUGUUGGCUAGAAAUGGCUCUCACCAUAGUCACACACCAUCUGCUGGUUGAAUGUUAUUGUAUGUGAGAUGCUGCCUGUUAAACCCUAGUUCCAGUACUAACCGCUGUGUUGUGUAGCACCUGUGUAAGGAAAAGAAUGUGAUGGUGUAGAUGGACCUGGGAGUUAGACCAUAUGCUCAUAGACAUGAAUGACGUGUACGCACAGGAGAUGCUCAACGAUGAGGAUGUGAAGCAUCUCUGCCCAGAGGAGGAGGGCGGCGGCGACCCUCAAAACCAAUCAGAUAUCACAAUAUAAUGAGGAACAAAUUCCUUAGGACGCAACAAAGAAAAGAUAUAGGUCCAGGUGCCAGACUCCCGACGACCCUCAUCACUGUGAAUAAACACUUCUUAACCUGGAACCAGCUGUUCUUGUUCUUCACAGCCUAAAGUUGUCUGUCUAUUAAUAGUAACAAAUAAAAGUCAAACGUGUUUAUUGCCAUACUGUA